GUAACACCACGUAUAUCCGGGAUACAAUCAUCCCGAUCGUACAGGUUUGGACUAUAUACAGUCGUAUAUAAUUAUAUAUAUAUAUAUAUAUACAAAAGCUGGCUUAGCACAAAACCUUUCAUUAAGAAACGGUAGUUGAUCGAAUCAGUAUUAAUACAGAGAGAGUUGGUUGCUUGUUGACUUUCGCUGAUUGUCGAGGUGACUUCGGACUUAUCAAUACUACCCUCUAAAAAGUGUUCUAGAAUUUUGCUCUCACAGUCAAGGUUUCCGUGAAACAAGCAUGAUGAAAGUAUUUCUUCUCACGUUUGCUUGCAUGAUGUGCACCAUCUCCAUGGCAUGGGGAUGCGUCAGUGGUGCGGGCCCAUCGUGGGAGAUAAGCCAGCCGGGUAGGCCUAGACCAGGAGGUAGACCUGGGCCCGGACGUAAACAAGGAAAAUCGGUAGUAUCAGCUCUUGCCAGAAUUGCCAGACCGGUUCUUGUCGGACCAGGUCUUGUCGGACCAGGAGGCCCAGAAGGCCCAGUGGGACCAAGCCUGCCAAGAAUACCUGUCGAGGUUGCGAAAUACUUCGCUGGACUGGUCAGCAAGGAAUCAGCUUUCGCAAGCAUCGAUCUCGAUGGUAAUGGUCUGGUUUGCAUACAAGAGUGGACAUUGGGAGGCGGCGCCGUGACAGAAUUCAAGUACAUGCUCAUUCGCCUUGACGCUAAUGGCGAUAAACUUAUCUCUCUUGCUGAGCUACAACCGUUUAGUCUACCAGGUCUACCGUCUGCACCAACGAAAAGAACCAUUGUGAACAUACCAGAGAUCUUGCCUCGGGAGCCCCGCCUACACGACCCAAAAAUCAACAGACACCGUGGCCAUCGAGGCCGGUUCGAACCAAGAAUCGAACCAAGAAAAUAAGUUCAUGAGCGCCGUUGUUUCAAACUGGAACGCCACUAAAGUGUAAGAAAUCGAAGAGGACAAACCCACACUUUCAUGCAGAUUGUUGUACAGAGACGUUUUCAACGUUUUUCAAAUGCAGUACGUACACAUUAUACAAGCUGAACGUGGUCGAUCAGAAGUAUAAUACCAUCUUAAUAUAUUCCUAAUAGCGGGAGACUUUUGGACAUAUAUAUUAUUUGAAUUAGUCCACGUUUGUAAGGAUGUUACGGUUACACUCCAAAUUGAUAUAUUCUUUUUUUUUAACACGUAUCUGAUUGUAACGCUGGUUAGACGCAACUAGUGUACCUGCGGUUUCAUCCCAUGUAUCUUGUAAUUACUCUAUGAUAUAUCCUCAACCGUAUCAGGAUAAUUACCCCCUGGGCAAUCACCCCCGGAAAAAUCCCGGAAAACUACACCCAAGGACAAUUACUCCCCGGAAA